AUGUCGAAAUUCCAAGUAGGCUGGUAUCGGUUCGUGCCGUUCCUGGGGUACCACCAUGUCUUGAUGAUCUUGAUAGCCAUCGCCAUCAUCCUUCUAUCUCUACUGUUGGCAGGUUGCUCUUCAUCAUCACCUUUGAUACCCGAUAUUUUCCUUCUGUCACUGUACUAUGACAGAUAUACGGCAGUACCGUCCACGGCGCAAGUUGACUAUAACGUCCACACGGCCAUCGAGAACAUCGCUGGUGACGCCCGUCUUGCUUGCCGCGUCGGUUACUUCGGCAUCUGCAUCAGCCCCGAUGGAGGCAGCUGGCUUUGCAGUAACAACGCUACCGCGCUUGCCAAUGAGGUGUCCGUUGAUCAGGAUCCCCUCAACCUGAUAUGGCUCGCCGCCCAAUUCAAGGAUAUGAUCGUGUUCCCCUACCUCAUCAUCAUUGCCAUCAUCUUUGCCUUCGUCUGCUUCCUCUUGCUUGCCACGUUCCCUGGCUGGCAUGAGGAGGAGGACUCCGAAGGUUCUGACCGCGAAGUCAAGCCGUUCCCCUCGCGACCCGUUUCCCAGAUCUCACUGGCAAUCAUCUUCAUCGCCUCCAUCUUCAUUCUCGUAUCUGUGUUGUGGCAACACACCGCUUCGGUUGCCGCGGCUAUCAUCGCUCAAGAUUUCGGAAAUGGUGCUGUCCGCUCCGGUGUCGGUACUUCCGCCAUGGUCCUUGGUUGGUUCAGCUUCACCCUUCUCAUCAUCGUCACCAUCGGUCUAUUGGUCAUGAUCUUGAGUAUCCGCGUCCUAAGCCAAAUGGUCGACUAA